AUGCUGUUAACUAUCUUAACUAGUGAUUGUCGUGCGCGCGAAAUUGGCGAUGGCUCCGAUGAGAUGAGACCAGCUACAAACAUGAACCAGAAUUCGCUAGUGAUACUAAAUCGCAUACUUUCGCUCAAGGAGAACUCUCCCUUCUUGCUAAUAUUGGACUCGCUAGCACAAUCAGCUCAUUAUCUUAUACGGGAACUUGCAGCCAAGAACAAUGAAAUCACAUAUUUAUCAUUCGAAACGGUCAAUAGGCCAUCUUAUGCCCUGAAAUGGCUCGAAUGUCACGGAAAAUCCGUCGAGGAAAUCAUCAAGGAGACAAAAUCUGACACAAAACAACAAUUAGUGAUUGUGGAUUCCCUUAACUACUUUUCAUCGCAACAGUUGACCCAGUUGGUGCUGGGCAUCAUCGCUCAUCCGGGCACCACUUUGGCAGGUGUAUAUCAUACCAACAGCAAUUAUAGCCACAUAAAUAGCCGUCAGUUCUCAUACUACCCGUCGGAAUUGACCAUAUUGUGCUAUAUUGCUAGCUCUAUCUUGGAAGUGGAACCUAUUCUCAAAGACCCUCACGAUGAAGAGGUGUUGGAUUCAUAUAUCCAAAAACUACAACCUCCUAUUGGUUUUGAUUUGCAUAGUCCCAAGUUUGCUGUGGCUCUACACUAUCGUCGUAAGUCAGGUAGAACGCUAACGUAUCAAUAUCUCAUCGAUGCAAAUACUCAUGUGUACGAAGUUCAGGAACAGAAAAAGACACUCAACCAAGAAGACGAAAGUUUACUCAAGGACCUUACUACGUUCAAUUUAGCCACGAAUGUCAAACAGAAAGCAGCUAGGGAACAAGUUGAGUUGCCAUUCUUGCAGGCACAGGAAGCAUUGGGCUCGGCUGGUGGAGCCAUUGUCUACGAAUUUGAGAAAGAUGACGAUUAUGACGAAGAAGAUCCAUAUGAGGAUCCUUUCUGA